AUGACCAUCUCUUCAUUUCCUAUUCAGAAACCCCCUUCCACGUGCUCCUUCCGUUUUGCCUACAUUCAGAACGCGUGGAUGAGGAGAGAGCAUCCCAGGACCCUUCCCUCCUACCAGCAAUUCAACGCCACGCCAGACCAAUGGGAGCGCGCCACGUGGCCUCUCACGCCAGGUGGCGCCAUGUCAGCUGAUGCGCUGGCGCUGAUAGCAGCGGUGGACGUGAUUGGCGAGAGGACGCACUGCCACGUGGACGGCAUGCUCAGGAACCGAGUGCAGGGGAUCCGUCUUUCCCCCGUGCCUCUCUAUACCCUCCGCCUCUCUUCACUGCACUCCCCUUUCUCCCCUGACCUCACCCCUGCCCCCACUGCCAUCACGCUUCUUCCCGCCCCAAUUCGCUUCGCCGCACUCCCCCGCCGCUCUCAGCUGCGCAUGGCGGGGCUGGCAGCCCUGGACGUGAUGCAGCGCGUGCGGCGCUCAUGGGAGGCCAUGGCCAUGGCACGGGCACAACGGAAGCCGCAGGGACCGCGGCUGCAGUCGCUGGUGAGGGAGGAGGGAGGCGAGGGGAGGGAGGGCGCGGUGGAGGGAUGGAGGGAUGUGUUUGAGGUGGUGGCUCAGUGGCGGCAGAUCGCCAACCCCACCGACGCCACCUUCUGGAAGCACUCCCUGCUGUCCCCGCAGCGGGUGGCAGUGCGGUCCACCAUGCCCAUCCACGUGUACAAUUUCGAGACUGUCAAGUACUACCCCGUGCACCCCAGGGCAGUGGCCCUCACCAGAGCUACUCUCUUGGAGAACGAGGAGGCAUUUGAUGCCAAUUAUACUCGUUUUAACUUCCCCUGCCUGCUACAGCUGCACGUUCCUGCUGCACCAUGCUUCCUGCCAUCUGCCGUCCCCUCCCUAUCAGCUCUCUCCAUAGAGGCGGCAAGCGACCUGGCAGAGCUGCAUGCAGCAGUGGGGCAGGACUUCACUGCGCUCACACUCAUCCACAGCGCUCUGCACCCGCGGCAGCGCAUUCCAGCAACAGAAUUCCAAGUCAAGAGGACCAACCACUCCUAUGACUUCUACACUGAGACUGCGAUGGAUGCAGACAGGUGGAGCAAGUGCGAUGCUGAGAUGACUGCAGCUUGGGAGUCACUGUGCACGGCAGUGUUGGAUGCACGCACACAAGCCGAGGACCCACAGCUCUACCGCCACCGCAUUCAGCACGCCAUUCUCCGCCUCGCCUUCUUCUGGUUCCAGGUGAUGCCGCUGACUCGUGGAUCGGCCAUGGGAGGGAUGGUGGCGAUCCUGGGCCUUAGCAUGGCCGCUGACAUGCAGACCACCGCUCUCAUUCCCCCCAACGUGCAUGUGGACUGGGAGGCGCUGCUGAGCACAAGGCACGAGGACUUUGCAGCCCAGGUGCACCCGUGGCUGUACGCUGCAGUGCAGGCAUCACCGUGGCACCUCCCCCUCGUGCACCAAGUGCUCUCCACACCACGCCUCGUGCUCGCUGCUCUCACUCACGGCUUCACUGCAGAGUGA